AUGGCUCACACACGCAGCCGUAGCACGACAGACCAGACGCUCGAGCAACAGAACGACGAGGAGCUCUCGGCGCUCCACGGCAAGAUCAAGGCGCUUCGCUCGCUGACAGGACAGGUCACGAUUGACAUUCUGGACGACUCGUCGAGGCAAAAUGACCAGCUUGACCGGACAGGAAACACCUUUACAUCGUUCGCCAACAGCCUGUUCUCGACUUCGCGCCACCACUCGCGCUCGAUGGCGGCCAACUCGACGCUGCGACAGUACCGCACCAUUGCGUACGUUGUCGCCGGCGUCGUGUUCAUCUGGCUCCUCUUCAAGGUCUGGCCGUCGGGCAGUGCCCCGCCUCCCAUCGAGGACGCCCUCUAA